GAGUUCCGGUCAAUAUCACAUUUCUGCUGGUUCUCUUGCUCGCCGAUGAAUUUCGUUCAUCAUUUAAGCAAAUGGACUCGUAGGAUGGAUUUGGACUUCGGGAACAAACUGCCCCAGUCUCUCUCAUCUAACGCUAAACUGCCCCAGUCUCUCUCCACUAGCGCUCCAUUUCUGCCCACAGGCCGGUUUCAGCACUGCGGGCGUCCGGUGGGGGUAAAGGUCAAAGAGGAAGACGAGAGUGUGGAAGAUUUCUUUCAUUUCGCGCAGCAUCUUCAGCAGCAGACGGGAGAGUGUCUUACGGCGUGUUGUGGCGGAGUGAAUCCUAAAGAUUUGUCUCUCACAGACGCACCCAAACUCAACAGCAGACAGUCAGCCGACAGACCGUACCACUGCCAGGACUGCGGCAAAUACUUCAGAAUUAACGACAUCAAGAGACAUCAGAGAAUACACAGCGGGGAAAGACCGUUCCCUUGCUUUCAGUGCGGGAAGAAUUUCCCCACGUCGGGCGAUCUGAAAAGACACGAGAGGAUCCACACAGGAGAGCGGCCGUUCCACUGUCUGCAGUGCGGCAAGAAUUUCUCUGAUUCGGGGCAUCUCAAGCAGCACGAGAGAAUGCACACAGGCGAAAGGCCGUACCAGUGCCCACAGUGCGCCAAACGCUUCUACAGGUCAGGUGACCUCAAACGGCACCAGAGAAUCCACAGCGGCGAGCGGCCAUACAAAUGCCUCCAGUGCGGUAAGUCCUUCUCCGAUUCGGGACAUUUGAGGGGCCACCAGCGCAUUCACACGGGAGAGAGACCUCACCGCUGCACCCUGUGUGAGAAAAGCUUCUUUAGAUCCGGCGACCUCAAGAGACAUCACAGGACGCACACAGGCGAGAGACCCUACCAGUGUUUCCAGUGCGGGAAGAGCUUCUCCGAGUCGGGACACCUGAAGGAGCACCGGCGGAUCCACACGGGAGAGAAACCGUAUCAUUGCAACCAGUGUGACAAGAGCUUCUCCAGACUAGAGCGUCUGAAGGGUCACCAGAGCAUCCACACGGGCGAGAGGCCCUUCCACUGCGCUCAGUGCGGCAAGAACUUCUUCCGCUCCGGAGAACUGAAGAGGCAUCAGAGGAUUCACAACGGCGACAGAGCGUAAACGGUUCGAGUUUGGUCAUGUGAUGGACAUGCUGCAGGACUGAUGUCACUGCAUGUAUGUUGAUGGAGAAGGAUGGAUCUUUUUACCAUUAAUACUCAAUAGAUUAUGUAAACAAAAUCUCUGUGACAUUGAUAGUUGUUGUACUCUUCUGAACCUCUGCUCAUGUGUUCAACAUCAGUUUGUGAUUCAAGCGCCCCACACGUCUCUGGUUUCACCUCCACUCCCGUCAUGUGGGCUGUUGUACUUUACAAUGUCUGUUUGUGUUGUCAGCUGUGUGCUGUACAGGUGGAUAUUAUUGUGGAUGCUCACAUUCCCUGUAUUCAUCAAACUCUUUCAAAGUAUUUUGUCAUAUUAUUUUACAAACAAAUGAUAUUUGUGUUGUCAUAGUGCAGAAGUCGUCGAGAAGAUUGAAGCGUUUCUGUAAACACACAUUAUGGUCAUGUGGAUCGUGUACUUUACUAGCUGCUGUAAAUCACGUACAUGAUACAUCAAACACUGUUAUUGUUAAAUAUAACACUUCGUCUCAAAUAUUGUCACAACUAUCAUGAAGAAGUUAUAAAGUAUAGAAGUGCUUUAACAAUAUGAAACAACUGUGUGUGAUCAAUUUGAGCACCAGGUGAAUUAUGUAUUAAUCUGAGCUUUCUCAUGAAUCACAUUUAGAUUUAGCUUUUAACCUUUUUUUACUCAUUUCACACCAUUUUUCAAAUGGUUCAUCCUCUUUUUUUUUUUUUCUUUUUUUAUUCAGUCUAUAUAUAUAUAUAUAUAUAUAUAUAUGUGUGUGUGUGUGUGUGUGUGUGUAUUAUAACCAUUAGUAAAGUGUGUUUGUUUAGUUUAAGGGUUUUAAAGCACAUGGUAAUACUAUAACAUCUGUGUGUGUUGAGGGUGUUUGGGUUCUUCAUGUGCAUGAGUGUUUUCUCAUGUGUUAAUA